AUGGAUAAUCAAGUUUUAAAAGGAAAAUUAAUUAAUAAAGGGCAUUGCCCUGUGAAAUUUUAUCAUAUUUUACCUAAAAACCUAACGGAAUGUCCAUUUAUUGUAAUAAUUUCCGUUGGCAUUCAUAAUCAUCCACCUCUACCUCCAAUUAAAACUCCACAAAAUAUAAUUAAUAAUCUACAAAAAAUUAUUGAAAAUGAACAUGAUUUAAGUCUUACAGCCCGGCCAAU